UUCGUAUAGGGUUUAGUCAGCUUCCAUUUCCUGCGCACCGGCAAUAUUUAUUUCUCUAAAAUUUAAUAUAAUUUCGCCGAAAUGAGUAAUAGCUGGUUAUGUACGAGAACAAAAGUCCUGCAGAUUUGUCAGAUACGGAAUUUAACAAAUACCUCUUGGUUCCAGAAUCGUAGCAAUACCUUAUCUGUGGGUCUAGGAGGAAAUGUGGCUAAUGUGCAAGAUCAAAGUUGUUUGAUUAACUCGGAUAACAGCUUAUUCUCAGUGCAACAUUUAAAAUUUCAUUACCCCUUUCUGGAGGGCAAAGGGCAUAAACCUCAGUUGCAGUGUAUAGAAGGAAACAGUGAGAAGCUAGUGGGACUAAAUUCAGUCUCCAAAUACGAUGUAUUCACAUAUUUGAGACCUUUUUAUUCAAGGAACCAGGACUUGUUGAAAUGCCUGGCUCGAGUUGUGGAACCAGCAAAAUUUAAUGACACAAUUCACGUAACAGGAGCAGAAAAUAGUUUGUCUCAAAGCACGCGGGAGAUAAAGACACGCUUCAAUUCAGAUAACCAUGCUCUUGAAAGCUUUGAUGCAUUCUCUGCAAUAGAACAUGAAGUGAACAAAGACUUUUCGAACAGUUUACAUAUGAGUUUACCACAGGGUACUGUAAAAGCUGAAGAAAAGGAUACAUACAUGAACAGUUCAAUGUCAAACAACAAGAAUGAUGACACAGAAGGUGAUAGUAAUAGGCCAUCAUUAGAACAGCUGGAAACUGUGAAAGAAUACUAUAUUGAACAGGUGCCUAAAAUGCCGACACAGACUGAAAAUUUCUCAUCAGGGUUGCACCAUCAUGAGAUUGUUUUUGAGAAUAAUUUCUUUAAGAAGCCUAAAGUGACAAUGGGUUUAGCCAAAUAUUCACUACAGUUGACAUAUAUGAAAUGUGUUGCAGCUAUCAUGUUUCCCAGAGUAGAGUUGGAGAUUCAGAGUAUUUUAUCGAAUUAUGAAGAAGGUUGUGUAAAAAUGCAUUGGAGAAUGUAUAUGUUUACAACACUUGACUUUUUCAAAUAUUGGAUACCAUUUGUGAAGGAGGGCGAAAAAAAAAGUAUAGAUGCUAUAUCAACAUUUUAUCUGAACAAAGAUGGGCUGAUAACCUUACACAGGCUUGACAGGAGACUUCCAAUAUCAAAACCAAACAAAAAUCCUGUAGCAAAGAUGGCAGGUAAAACAGCGCAAAUGUUGGGCUUGGCCCCAAAGUCCAGCUGUAAAGAAUCCUCUAAAGAACAUUCUAAUCUGAGAACAGGUUAAUGGUUCUCUGUUGUGAUAAAUACUACAUAGGUUUUAUAGAAUAAUAACGGAAUACUGGUGAACCAGUCUCACAAGAGAAGAGGUCAUGUGAUCAGUAAUAGCCAAUAGGAUCAUUCUUUGUGCUCUGGGCUGGUUUUUUUCAGAGAGAAACAUUAAUCUUGUUUGUUUCAAGAUGGCGUGACGGGUGUUUUCUAUAAAAAGUGUAAUACAUAAAGGGUUCUUUUUUUUAUAAAAGCAGUUUUGAAAACUGGCAACAAAAAGACUAUAAUAAACCAUGUGUGCAGACUUAAAAUUGUGUUGAAUAGGAAAAAUAAAGAAUUUUAAUUGGAAUGUAUUUAUAUAGGAUUAUCAUCAUAUAUUAUCAUGUUAAUAUUAUAAUGAGUGUGAUUAAUGUUUUCAACUUUUUUUUAAUGACUUCUAGUUUAAGAAUUAUGCAUAGAAUGUCGCUGAAAUCCUGUCAUAUUCUGUUAUUGUUAUAUCCUGUUGCUGAAAUACUGUUGUGUAAUGUAUCAAGUAUAAGACAGAUUUAUGCA